GGCAUCGUCAUGGCAGAGCACUCUCUCGUAAAGUGACAGAGCUGUCGUGUUGUUGGUUGUUAUCUUUGUGCUGAACUUUAAACAUCUUAAAUGUCGAGCUCCGGUGUACUUACCGUCAAGAGAGCCGGACAUUUACCAAAAGUGGCGACGUGAUCAGAGAAGACUGCUCAAACUCAAGGUCAUUUUGGAGCAAAUUCCAGGCUGAGGGGGCAGAAUAUGCAAAGGCCCUUUCCACAACUUUUGUUUCCCAGCUUUUGGGACAGAGAGCACAGAGAAGCUGGUUGGCUGAUAUGCUUGACGCAGGUGUAUGUGGAGUGUGAUGAUGGGUUUCUGGCAGCCGGUGACCAACCUCAGAGAUUAUGUAUCCCAGAAUCCUCCAGGAUUUACGUUUUUCCUGUGUCUGUUGACUCUGGCUAUCUCCUUUAUCUGCCUCAGCUCUUACAGCUACACCCACACUCUGCCUAACCCUGACACAACAAAGGACUGGAACCAUCUACUGUCCUCCUUGUCUCAGUUCCAGCUGUGUGUGAAAGCCAAUGCAUCUUCAUCUGAGCUUGUCUCAGCAGUCCCCUCUCCUCUGAUGGAUAGAGAUACUUCAGUUAACUCUACAAAGACUCCUUCUCUCACCACUUUGCGUCUCAAGGUUCCUCUGUCUGUGACUGACAACUCAAACAGUGGCUCUCUGAAAGACCUUGGUUUACACACUGCCUUGAGAGCCAGUCAGUUACAUAUGAGAGGCAAUGAGAUUAUUAAUGUGACUCUCGAGGUUUUCUCUGGAAAUGAUACCUACACCUGUCUCACCAUAAGUGCCCCAGCGGACCUCCUGCCCAUGAGUCUACUUCCGCCAGAGUGCCCUGCAACUGAGAAAAACAUUUCCCCCAUCCACGUGGAAGCGAGCAACCAACUGCCAACAGCAUCACAAACCUGCUACGGUCUACACUCCAAGAAUGACCCUACACUCACAGUCAUGUUAACACAGGAGGAACAGAGCGUGGCAGUGCGACAUAUGUUGGAAGUCAGUGUGUGUCUGCUAGGAGUUUGUUUGAUACUCUGUGUAGCUGCUAGUCUGACACAUUCACUCAUACGGCGUCACCAUUGGAAUGGACUGGAUCUACAAAAUGAGCCCUUGAUUGGCAGCUGAACAUUUUUCAUCCGCUGCAUCCUAAAGAAAUCAGUUGGUGGUGGAGAGAGAAGAGCAACAUGUGUCACUACCUUUAAAGGGGCAUCCCACCGAUUUUACAGCAGUUUGCACAUCAUGGGGAGUACGAAUCAGCCUGUGAAAACAGUUGUAUAAUGUCUUCCGUAGCUCUGGACGGAGUUUGUUAAAACCUGAGAAAAUAACCCUGAUGAUGUCAUCAGGGUUAUCUACGCUUGGGUUUGGAGACUACAUAUUUAUGUAGCAUCCAACGAAGUGAAGAUAUUUCAGCUUCUGUUACAUUAAUUCUGAACAUAUUUAAUCCGUCAAAGUUUCACAACUUUAUGAAAGUGCAAUACUCAAUCAGCGGAGCAUCCCUGUUAUAGGAAACUGAAAUAUUCCAAUAAGUUUCUCACAGUAUCCAAGUGAGAAACAUGGUUGUGAUAGAGAAGGAGUAUAUUUUGUAAUGGGACCAUGGUGUAAUGGGAAUAACUUCAACUGGUAAUGGCUACACUGUUGACUGGUCAUACAUUCACUAUCCAGUCUGUUAUGUGCAGUACAUGCAUGUUUAUAUUUAAUGUUUACUUCAUGUCCCCCACAUUUCCUAGAACGACUCAAUAACUUGUGGAAAAAGGACAUUAACUUGUUGCAUUCAGCUGACUGAGAGCUUCAUUUCAUUCUUUAGUGUUAAGUGUUUUUCCAGUCAAAAAUCUAAAUCUAAGCAAAAUGCAAAUGUCAGCAAAUGUUUUUUUUCUUUCAAAAUGUUACUGGACCAAAGUUCUUUGGACAUUCUGGCUAAUUUGUCUGUUUUACCACUUUAAUUUACAUAUCUGACAUUGAAAGCUUGUUGAAUCCAGAUGCCAGAUCUACAGAUCCACAAGUUUAAUUUAUUAGUUUUCUGGAAGGCAUUAGUUUCAUUGCUUUCUUUUUAGUGCAGUAUGAUAAUAAACCUAGAGAGACUUAAAAAUGUGUUUUAAAUCUCUUACAGCUAACAUUACGCCUGGUUUAUCAUUGUUACCUUAUUGUGUAGAAAUAAACAAAGAGGAUCCACUGCCAAAAGUGUCUGUAUUGUAAAUUAUGAUGAGUUGACAAACACACAAUAAACACGUUUUUCUCCUGUAA